CUGUCACUCGUCUCUUUCUCGCUCGCUCCCUCUCUCUCUCUUUCUCUUUUUCUCUCUCUCUCUCUUCUCUUUGCAAGGACAAAAGUUAAGGAGCUAAGAGACAAGGCGUUACAGAUGUCCUCUCUUCUCUGCCAGUCAGAGCCCUCUUUAGGAGGGACCAGUCUUGGUGCAUAGCAUCCUUUUUACCCUGAGAGCAAUGGACACGUUUUUCCGCCGUCAUUUCCGGGGGAAAUGCCGCGGGGCGGUCAGGCGUCGGCGCACCAGCAUGGCAGUGCCUGCAAGCAAAGUGCGGCGACGUUCGAGCGCCGGCCUGCCCUCCGCAGACCUCAUGCAGAGACGUCGGUCUAGCGUGCAACUUCAGGCAAAUUCCAUGGGCCGCAAAAGCAUCGACUGCACCCAAAACCCCACAAUCCCUCAGAAACAUUGCAGCGUUCCCGCUCAGCUGCUCGGCCCGUCCCUUCUGCUGGCCAGCGUCAUCCAGAUGAGCGAAAAGAAGGAAGUGGAUGAAGAAAGUGUGGAAGGAGAGUCCUCCGGCUCAGACUCGCGGAGCAGCAGCAGCUGGGAGGAGCCAGAGGAAUCGGAGUUUGAGCUCUGCUCAUCGUGGUUAACUCAGAGUCUGUUAAUAGCAGAUAGUAUUCAGCCCCGCCCCUUCAUUCGUGCGCCACGCUGUUUACGCCGGAACUCCUCCCACUUGCUUCCAGCCGAGGCCGUGUAUCAUGGCCCCGGGUACGGGCUGUACGGGCUGUACGGGCAUUACCGGAGAAACAGCCAGGCGUGGAGGGCGGUGAACGUGGGGAUGGGGCCUGCAAGGGCAGGGAGGCGGAGCUCCGUGGCGGCUCGGGCUUACAGGACGGCCUCGCCCUGGUGGGACGGAAUGUACUACAACCCAGAGGCGGACACAUGGAGUGGGUUUCUCUCGAAGGCUAUAGCUAAGUCAGGGCUCCAGCACCUGCAGUCUCAGCCCAGCAGUUCGCUCCUGGCCAAGUGUGACUCGGACAGAGAGAUACGCAGCACCGUGGACUGGAGCGAGUCAGCGCUGUACGGCGAGCACAUCUGGUUCGAGACCAACGUCUCUGGAGAUUUUUGUUACGUUGGAGAACAGCACUGCUACGCCAAGACACUGCAAAAAUCCGUUGCUCGGAAGAAAUGUGCUGCUUGCAAGAUUGUCGUCCACACCAUCUGUAUAGAGCAGCUGGAAAAGUUAUCUCACAGGAAGUCCUCGCUUCCAGCGGAGUGGUUUGAUGAGCUGCCACACAAAGAUCCAUCUUUCAGAAUCAACUUCCGGUGUAAACCGUCAUUCAGGGAAUCAGGCUCUCGGAACAUCCGAGAACCUAAUAUAGUGCGGCAUCACUGGGUCCAUCGACGGCGACAAGAGGGGAAGUGCAAGCAGUGCGGAAAGGGAUUUCAGCAGAAGUUUGCCUUCCACAGUAAAGAGAUUGUGGCCAUUAGUUGCUCUUGGUGCAAACAAGCUUAUCACAACAAGGUGACAUGCUUCAUGCUGCAGCAGAUAGAAGAGUGUUGUUCUUUAGGAGCUCAUGCAGCUGUUAUAGUACCUCCGACAUGGAUUAUCCGUGUCCGCAGACCUCAGUCCUCACUAAAGUCAAGCAAAAAGAAAAAACGAACAUCAUUCAAACGCAAAUCUAGCAAGAAGGGAGCCGAGGAGUCUCGAUGGAAGCCGUUCAUUGUGAGGCCCAUUCCUUCACCGCUGAUGAAACCGCUGCUGGUGUUUGUUAAUCCAAAGAGCGGAGGAAACCAGGGUGCCAAAAUAAUCCAGUCAUUUAUGUGGUAUUUAAAUCCUCGGCAAGUCUUUGACCUGAGUCAGGGCGGACCUAAAGAAGGUUUGGAAAUGUAUCGAAAAGUUCACAACCUGCGUAUUCUUGCUUGCGGUGGCGACGGCACAGUUGGCUGGAUCUUGUCAAUUCUGGAUCAGUUGCAGCUAAACCCCCAGCCUGCUGUAGCCGUACUACCUCUGGGGACUGGAAAUGACCUGGCCAGGACCCUCAACUGGGGUGGGGGUUACACGGAUGAACCAGUAUCCAAGAUCCUCUCUCAUGUGGAGGAUGGGAACAUUGUGCAACUUGAUCGUUGGAACCUGCGUGUGGAGCCAAAUGCCGAGGCAGGACCAGAGGAGAAAGAUGAACAGGCGGCGGACAAGCUUCCCCUAGAUGUUUUUAAUAACUAUUUCAGCCUGGGCUUUGAUGCUCAUGUAACUCUGGGGUUUCAUGAGUCUCGAGAGGCGAACCCAGAAAAAUUCAACAGUCGCUUCAGAAACAAGAUGUUCUAUGCUGGAACUGCUUUCUCAGACUUCCUUAUGGGGAGCUCAAAAGAUUUGGCCAAACACAUUAAAGUGGUGUGUGAUGGUGUAGAUUUAACAUCUAAGGUUCAGGAGCUGAAGCUGCAGUGUCUGGUUUUCCUCAACAUACCCAGAUACUGUGCUGGCACAACACCAUGGGGGAACCCAAGUGAGCACCACGACUUCGAGCCUCAGCGCCAUGACGACGGUUGCAUCGAGGUCAUCGGCUUCACCAUGACAUCACUGGCAACGCUCCAGGUCGGAGGACACGGCGAGAGGCUUAAUCAGUGCCGCGAGGUGACCCUGACCACCUACAAGUCAAUCCCCAUGCAGGUAGAUGGAGAGCCGUGCAAGCUCGCACCUUCCACCAUCCAAAUCUCGCUCAGAAACCAGGCCAACAUGGUGCAAAAAACCAAGAGGAGGACCUCUAUACCACUGCUUAAUGAUCAGCAGCCGAUUCCAGAAAGGUUGCGCAUCCGAGUGAACCGGAUCAGCAUGCACGACUAUGAGGAUCUUCAUUACCACAAAGAAAAACUUAAGGAAGCUUCAAUCCCACUGGGGCUGAUCGUCAUCCCUGGAGACAGUGACCUGGAAACGUGUCGAGUCCAGAUUGAGAAACUGCAAGAGGAUUUUGUCCCUUGUCAACCAUCUCUCCAGCGAGUGAUGCUGCAGGCAGGCGAUGAGACCAAGUCCAAAACACUGUCAUGUCAGAGAUUGUCACCAAAGUGGUGCUUUCUGGACUCAACCACAGCUGAUCGAUUCUACAGGAUUGAUCGAGCACAGGAACAUCUGCACUAUGUGACAGAGAUCUCCCAGGACGAGUUGUUUAUUUUGGAUCCCGAGCUGGUAGUCAAAGAGAGUGUGAGCACGUCACCAGGCAUGCCCGAGUUGGUAGACUCAUCUGGAGAGAUCUCUUCAGCUCAGCACAAAUUCAGCUUCCCUUCAAGCUCCUCGUCUCCUCCCUCCUCUCCAGCACCCAGAAUCGCUGAGCUGCAGAAGACCUCUCAGAGGAAGCGCGUGUCCAGUGACAGCUCUGUGGCCGAAGCCCUGGCGCACAGCGACUCGUUACGAACAGCCAAGCCGGCACUGAGCAGGGCAGGGGGUAUUCACCGCUCAAACACAACCGCAGCCAAUUUCAAUCAAGCUAACAGGUCAGAAAAGAAUGCUGUGAGCGUCAGUAGUCCAGUAUCGGCAGAUGGGCUUAUUGAGUGCGUGAAGAGCAAGGACCAUCAGAGGCUAAAGGAGCUCCAUAAGCAGGGGGCGGACCUGUGUGUGCAGGAUUCUGCAGGUCGCACGUUACUCCACCAUGCAGUGGAUGUGGGCAGUAAAGAAAUCGUCAGAUACAUCAUUGAUAAUGCACCCACUGACAUUCUGGAUGUGACCGAGACAGAAAAUGGUGAGACGGUGUUGCACAAAGCGGCCUCUUUGUGUCAGAGGACGAUCUGUCACUACUUAGUCGAAGCAGGAGCUUCUCUUAUGAAGACAGACUUACAGGGUGACACACCGAAGCACAGAGCAGAGAAAGCUAAUGACACUGAGCUGGCAGCAUAUCUGGAAAACCGACAACACUACCAGAUGAUCCAACGUGAGGACCAGGAGACAGCAGUCUGAACUAUGACGUCCAACACACCAUUCAGAGUCUGGAGCCGACUACUUGUGCCAAAUCGAUAAAGUCAAUAAGAAUGGACUUGUGUGUAAUGGAAGGCUCCUCUGUAUGGGGGUGAAUACUUAACUCCUAACCAGCUGUAGAGCUAAAGGACACACGUACACACUUUAUGAAGAGAUCUGCAGGCAUACCUGCUUGACUAAAUUUACAUCCUUUGCCUUGUCAGCAUUUAUCAGUGUGUGUGUGUGUGUCAGAAUGUAUAGAGAGGGCUGGGAUUUUGUUUGUUAUUGCAGUCACUAGGCUGUGUAACUUUUACAUAGCAACCAUUCAGAUUAACACUUGUUGAUCUGUUUCUCAAGACUGUAUGGGACUGUGAAGCUAUGAUAUGAGAUCUCUGCAGCGCUGGUCAUUGUCACAUAUGCUCAGAAUUUCAAUGUUGAUGUUUAGCUGAGAAUAAUGCUAGUGUUAAUGUUAAAACGAAUAAUACAUUUAUGGCUCUUCAGGAUCUUAGAAGACAUUUCAGAGCUUUACAGACUUUAUUUGUUUACCCAAACUAAGUGGAUGAGUGUUGAAAGUUUAAGUUUUUAGGAUGUGGGCCGCUGCCUUUCAGCUCUCACUGCACUGAAUAUAUUUUUGAGCCUGUAGUAGCUGUGCUUCGCUUUGCUUCUUUCAUAUAUAUAUUUUUUUCUAUUCUCUUCUCUACUGGAAAGGUUUCCUCCUAAUAACUUUUGGUACUGUAAGUUUAUCUUAUUAGGUUUCUGUCUGAGGAACCUUUGCACUGUAGCUAUCAUUGCCUUCUUUAUUCCAUUCAUCAGUUUCUUGAUUUGUAAUUGUAAUGUUGUACCUAAGUUACAGUUUAUUUGUAAUGCCCUUUUUAAUAGAAAAUAGAUGUUUAUAUAAUUUAUCACAAUUACACCCGAGUUGUUUACUUAUUGUAUUAUAAAAUACUGUACAUUUAAUACUGGAUUCUUUUUAGAAUGCGGAUCACAUGAUUUUGUUCAUAAUCCUCUGUUCAAGAUGGUCUCGCUGUAUGAAAGAUUCUUAUCCUUCUAAUCAGUGCUUGCUCUUACUGCACCAACAUGUAAUCAUGCUAUUUAUUU